AUGUUUGCUUUUGGCUGUGACCCGAAUAGAGCCACAUUAGUCUCUUAUGUCCCGAAAAGAGGGAAAAAUGUUUUGAUGUUGUCGACAUUUCAUGAUGAUGACUCUAUUGAUCCCGAUUCUGAGGCUAACAAACCAGAGGUCAUUACUUUUUAUAACAUGACCAAAGGUGGGAUCGAUGUUGUAGACAGAAAGAAAAAGGACUACUCUGUAAAACGUAUUAGUAACAGGUGGCCUUUGACGAUUUUUUGUGGACUCCUGAAUCUGGCAACUAUAAAUGGUCAGAUUAUCUACAACCUGAAUACAAAAGACACCAUGCAGAGGAGGACUUUCAUAACGAGCCUUGCGAGGGACCUAGUAAAGCCGCAUAUUCUACAUAGAGCUUCUAUUCAGACCCUCUCACUCCCGUUGAGGACCAGCAUCAGGGCUGUCGCCGGUGUAGAACUUCCUGAGCCAAACCCCCCACCAGUUGUCGAGGGACGAAAACCAAGGUGUCACUACUGCCCUGUCAGGAAAAACAGGUGGUUUACUCCAUACAAAUGCUCAGCUUGUGAAAGAUCCGUAUGCAAGGAGCACACUGCCAAAACAAGCUAUUGGUGCCACAACUGUGCAGCAGAAGGGAACUAG